CUCUAGAAACUGGUCCUUCACAGGGAACAUGUUGUUAUGACAGAUAACAUUGCUUAAAACCUUUUUAAAAAUGCACACUGUAAGGAUCAAGACACUUUCUGGUGCAGGAAUGCUGCUUUUUGCUGCACUAUUCAUUAUUAGCCAGACUUCACAAGCAGGGUCCACAGAUGUGACCUACUGGGCAGAGGUCAUGAUUGAGGGGAAUAAAACCUUAAAUGUUGCAGACUAUCUGCCUGGACUUAUAGGCACUGUUCUGGAUACAGGGGUAACAAUCACAGGUGCUGAAAUAGCAGCAGAGUGUGAGAUAGUUGGCCAAAAUACAACCUGCUGGUGUGGACCGGGAUACGUUUGGAGCAAUUAUGUGUGUGAUAAUGUAAAUAAAUGCUGCAAUGUGUAUCAAUGUGUGGCAAAUAUAUCAUACUUCACACCUCUGUGUCUGCCCAUAGUGAAUGUUUCACUCAUUGGCACGCUCACUGGUAGCUCUCCAUCAGUGCAAACCAUGCUGCUGAAUGCUUUUAAUGUGCUGAAUGCCUUCAACUCAUUGACUAUGCAAGCCAGCCUCCUCACAGGGUUAAAUACAUAUUCCCACAAUUUCACAGUGUCUCUCAGUGCAGUGUUUGCCACCUCCAAAGUUCAAGGCAUCAUUUCUACACUGCUGACAAAUCCAGCGAUUUACACACUCAAUGUUAAGACUCUAGGCUUAGUAUACAUUGAGGCACCUACGGGAAAAUUAUGCUAUAACUCAAGACAACAGCUGAACUGUACCUCAAUAGAGGCGAUGAGCAAAUGUGUAUGGCAGAUGUCCAGAGGUGACGAAGCGCCAUUGACUUUGGGACCAGGGAGUGAAAUAAUGCUCUCAGAUACUUGUACAGAAAUGUCAGCAGUCACACUUUUAAAGACAAAUGGAUACUGGUCAGGAACAUACAGCUGCCUUUUUGUCACAGACAAUGUAGCUCAUAUGGCAAUGGCACCGGUUGACAUUGCACUGCUGCCAGAGGCCAGUAAUGUGACAAGCAAUCCCCAAACGAUAGACUGCUCUGCAUCAUCAACCGCCAAAGUUACCAUAACAUGUUCCAUCUUCAACAGCACUGAAACCUACAAGUCCCAACUAAAACUUGGAAGUACGGAAAAUCUUACACCAGCUAAAUUAGAGAGCAAUGGUUUAAUCAAAUAUUCGGCAGAUUUCACUGUUAAUUGUCUGGCAACAGGAAAACCCCCUUCCCUCACCGCCAGCUGCGUUUUAGUGAACUCUUUAAAUCAGCAGCGAAAUUUCUCAGCAAGCAUUUCAGUCAUCUACCCCAAUGACCUCUUUUGUGCAGUAGAUGUCAUUUCUACCAGAACAUGGCCAAAAACCAAGAAUAAUGAUACAGCUGUAAUAGAUUGCACCGCAACAGGGAGACAAGGCACACUGACACGCAAAUGCAAUGGAAAAACAUGGGGCCAAGAAGUUUCUCUGUGUGUCAAAGCGUUCCUGAGUAAUGUAGCUUCACAAGCAUCGGAUUUUGAAAAAGGACUUGGAGCAACACAAGGGGGCGCACAGUACAUCUUUCAAAGUUUGAAAAACAACACCGCUAGUGAAGAUGAUGGCCAGAACAGUUUUGGAGACAUCAGCACUGCUGUUAACGUUUUUCAGACUAUGAAAGCGGCAUCAGUCAAUGUUCCACUAGGCGAGAACCUUCUUCCAGAUUUCCUGGAAUCAGCCAGCAGCAUAUUGAACGGAUCCUGGGAAGUGGGAGACAAGACACAGAGCGGGGCGCUGGCCAGCCAGUAUCUGUCAUCGGUAGAAGGCCUUGUGAAAAGCAUCCGAAUAAACACCAGUGAGGGCUACAAUGCCUCAAACAUUCAGCUGCAGGUCUGCAAAGGUGGCUCCGGUUGCAAUAAAACUGUUUUCAACGUUGGUAUUGAGGUGAACGCAACAGCAGAUAUGGUGAAAACGGUAGGACUACAGAGCUUGGCCAAUCUUUUGCCAAAGGUGGGCUACGAGAAUUCCCUCUUUCCCAGCAUAGUCGUUUCCAGCACAGUUGAGAACAACACUCAGGCGUCAGUCAACAUCAGACUGGCUUUUCCAAAUGAUGAGGGCAUCAAUGCCGCAAUGCAAUGUGUUUUCUGGAACAUCUCGGAAGAGAGAUGGUCAGACGAGGGCUGUGUGUACGUUAAGGGUCAUGGAGGUGACGGCUACUGCCAGUGCAACCAUCUGACCUCCUUCUCCAUGCUCAUGUCCAAGUACCCAAUAAGCAUGCCCUUUCUAGAUCAGCUCACAUACAUCGGACUGGGCGUCUCCAUAUGCUCUCUGUUGGCCUACAUCAUCAUUGAGUUCUUGGUCUGGUCCGCCGUGGUCAAAUCCAAUCUUUCCCACUUCCGGCACACCGCACUCGUCAACAUCGCUCUCUCUCUGCUAUUGGCUGACUGCAGUUUCCUAGCUUCCUCCUUCCCGUCAAUCCUAAAUGAAACCCUGUGCCUUGUUCUGGUGGUGGCGAAGCAUUACUUCUUCCUGGCGAUGUUCUUUUGGAUGCUUUGUCUGAGCCUCAUGCUGGUCCACCAGCUCAUUUUCGUUUUCAGCCGCAUUGGGAAAAAGGUGUAUAUGAUCCUAGGAUUCACCAUUGGCUAUUUUUGUCCGACGGUGACUGUGGCGGUUACAUAUGUGUACUACGAAGAAGCAACUAGCAUCCCCUAUUAUAGCUCCAAAACCUGCUGGCUCACCUAUCAGUCGCCCAUGCAGGGAUCCAUCCACGCAUUUCUGUUUCCAGUCGGGACAAUCGUGCUGGUGAACAUGUGUUCCAUGCUGGUGGUCAUAGCAACUGUUUUAAAGCCGUCCGGAGCUGAGACGAACAAAAAGGGGGAUAAGGAUGCAGCAAAAAGCAUCAUCAAAGUCAUACUCUUCCUCACACCUGUUUUUGGUGGCACUUGGAUUCUGGGCCUUUUUGUGUUUCUGAUAGAUGACUCUUCGCAGUUUAUUACAUACUUAGUGAAUUAUUUGUUCACCAUUCUCAACUCAUUGCAGGGCUUCUUCAUCUUGUUGACUGGAUGUUUUGCAGAAAAAAGGGUCCGAGAUGAAAUAUUGAAAAUAAUUGUGGGGAAAUCAGCUAAAGAGCAAAACACAACAACAUCCGUCGCAAAAUAAAUGAUCCAUACAAGAAAAUGCACACAAGAAGGAGCAUUUAAAACAUUGCGGGACACAGAUUCACCUCUGAACUCAGAUGCAACAAAAAUAGUAGAGGCAGCACAACUGUUUGGUGAAGACCUAAAAGUACUUGCUGUACUUUAAAAGACUUUAUCAUGUUUGGAACAAAGAACAGGCUCUGGUCAUACACAGUACUACACACAUUUAGGAACAAACAAUGAGAUACGGAUACAAAAAAUAUAAGAGAUGGUCAUGUUUGUGUUUUUAAAAGAACAAUAUAAGUGCCGCUGUAUAUAUGUAGCAAUUAUCUAUAGUUUUCUACCCUGAUUGUUGUUGUAUUUUAUUUAAAACAAUGCUGUACAUCUGAUAAAGGCAAUAUAAAAUAUGGUCACUUAACUUGAUUGUAAUAUGUUUAGUUUUACCUCUGCUUCUGUUCUGCGAAACAUAUGAAUCUGUGACAUUGAUUUCUAUGUGCUAUUUAGAAAUUGUGACGGAAUAUCUGAUGAACCAAAGAUAAUUUAACACGUAUAAACACUCCACUUCAGCUUGACAAAUGAUUGUUUUGGUUUUUCUCUUGUUAGACAUAUUUCCUUGUUUCUUUUAAAGGGAUGUGGAAAAAAAGAGAGCUGAGAUUGUUGAUAGCACAACUUUUAUUCUGAAUAAAAGAUAAAU